AUGCGGACGAUGCAUCACCCCGAGCCGGGCGGGGCGGAGCGGAGCGGGGCGGCUCGGUACGGCCCGGCACAGCCCGCCCCGCUGCCAGCGCCACGCUGCCGCCUCAUGGAACCGCACGGGCCCGGCUGCCCCGGCAGCGUCCUCUUCGGCUGUGAGCUGACUGCCAGUACCAAGUCCUACACCUUUCAGGUGGACGAGAAAGAUGACGCUGACCACAUUUUGGCCCUGUCUGUGGUCUGCCUCACGGACGGUGCCAAGGAUGAGUGCAACGUGGUGGAGGUCGUUGGGCGAAACCACGAGAACCAGGAGAUCGCUGUGCCCGUGGCGAAUCUGAAGUUGUCAUGCCAGCCCUUGCUGAGUCUGGACAACUUCAAGCUGCAGCCCCCGGUCACCUUCCGCCUGGCAGCGGGCUCUGGCCCGGUACACCUCGCUGGCUGGCACCGGAUCAUGCACAGGGAAGAUGCUUCCUUUGAGGAGGAUGAUGAUGACUUGUCUGAGGAGGACGAGGAGGAGGAGAAGGAGCUUGCUCCUAUCAUGCCAGCCAAGAAGUAGAGGAGGAAGUGGUAACUUAUCUCCAGGCAAGGUACUCACUGGGACUUCUCUCCCUGGACGGCUUUUACCUCGGACACCUCUUGCCAGGACCUCAACAUUUGCUGCUUUUUUUUUUUUUUUUUUUUUUUCCUUCUGUUGUGACUUUUUGGGGAGCAGGGACUGCUCCCAGCACCGGGGUGUCUUCUUUCCCACAGCCUGGGGAGGUUGAUCCCAAAACUGGAUGGAUGCUGCUGGUGUAUCCCCUCUCCCCCAUCCCUGUGCCGGGAGUCGGGGAUGGGAGGGGGUGAUCCUUGCCCUGUGCCUUUUUGCUCUCCUGGACCUCUGCUCUGUGCACCCCCCUCUCCCUAGCUCUGAAACCACCCACUCCUGGCCCCUUCCCCAGCAGAUGGCUGUAGAGCCAGUGGUGGGACAGGCAGUUUCACUCAUUCGAGUACAUUUGCUUUUCUUUCCCCACAAUUUGAUGGUGCCAUGGUUUAACCCUAGCUGGCAUCUAAGCACCACGCAGCCACUUGCUCACUGCCUCCGGGUGGGAUGGGGAAGAGAAUCUGAAGAGUAAAAGUGACAAAACUUGAGGGUUGAGAUAAAGAUAGUUUAAUAGGUAAAGUAAAAGCCAUGUUAUGCAAGCAAAGCAGAAGAAGGAAUUCAUUUGCUGCUUCCCAUGGGCAGGCUGGUGUUCAGCCAUCUCCAGGAAAGCAGGGCUCCACCAUGCGUAACGGUUACUUGGGAAGACAAAAUGCUGUAACUCCAAACAUCUCUCCCUUCCUUCUUCCCCCAGCUUUAUAUACUGAGCGUGACACCACAUGGUAUGCGAUAUCCCUUUGGUCUCUUGGGGUCGGCUGUCCCGGCUGUGUCCCCUCCCAGCUUCUUGGGUGCCCCCCGCCUUCUUGUUGGCAGGCCAGUAUGAGAAGCUUGAAAAGUCUUUUGACUGCUCAGCAAUAACUAAAAUACUAGUGUGCUAUCAAUAUUAUUCUCAUCCUAAAUCCAAAACAUAGCACUAUACCAGCUGCUAGUAAGAAAGUUAACCAAGCCAGCCCAAACCAGGACAGAUGGUUUUUAUACACUUAGAAGUUUGAAAUGGGCCCAGGCUGCGUCCUCAACUGGGGUUAUGGUGGGGUGGGAG